CAUGCUGACUUUUUAGUAAAUGUAAGACAUUCACGGAAACCAGUUUAUUCAAAUUUUAAAAUGAAAAUAAAAUGAUGUUAGAGUUUUAGAAAAUCUGCCCCACAAUAACACAAUGUUGAAGUUUAGAGAAACAAUCCUCUUAAAAUAAAGCUGUUAAAUAAUUACCUAUCCUUAUAUUUACUGUUCAGAGAUUAGCUUGGAUUUCAAUACUUUGCCUCACUGUGACUCUUUAAUACGACGUGCAUGUAAAGGUAUUACAGCCAUUAGAAAGAUUAGUUCAGCAAAAGGGUCUAUAAUGGAAAGGAAUUGACAUCGCAAUCCCUUUGCUGUUGUAAAUACCACCUGAAAUCUUCUCUGCCAACUGAUGGACACAUCUAUCUGACUGUAAGUGCUGUAUGUGCUGUAACAUACAAAUGAAUGAAUAUAAGGCAGACUUCAUUUAUGGCCCCUGUAUGCAGCCCUACUCCAUUGACUCACAGUGCUUGAAUAAUGAUGCUUUCAUUCUCCAGCUUUUGAUUAUUAGCACCUAUAGUUAUCAGUUAUUCCAGGUUUAUGUCCUUAAUGUCCUAAAAAAAUAGCCUUGUUUCUACUUAUGUAACAUUUACAUGGUAUGCUGGCCAAAUAUUCAUACCCCCGUUACCCUUCUUAUUUAAUGCAACCUGUAACAUACAGCACCAGUCACAUUAAACGUAGUUGUGAGGACACUGUGCAAAAUGUGAUUUUUACUCCAAAAUGAGUUGCUAAUCACCUAGAAUAGUUUCCAAAAGGAAAGAAUUAUGCAUUUUUUUCACUCUAACAAAAUAACAAUAACGUGCUUACAGCAGCAAAAUUAUAUAUUUUUUUCCAACCAGUGGAUCAAAUGGAAAAAAAAUCUUAUACAAACCCUAAAAUACUGAGUGGGCUCCAGGGUGGCCCUUGCUGGCAGGUUACUAUACUCAUGGCUGCUCUUGCCAGUGUGAGACUACUGUCUGUUUCUGUGUUUUCUUUUUCUUCCAGAAUCUGUGUUCAACAGGGUAGAGGAUAAGGGACAUUUACUUACCAGGCGUAGUGUGCAAAGUGCAGUGUAAUUCCACAUUUUUACUCUCUUGAGUAAACUUGAGUGCAUAAUGGCUAAUAUUUAUAGAUUUGUCAUUCUGACUCAUGCCAUUGGAAAUUUUAUUAGUAUUUGAUUCUUUUGGUCUGCUGUUACUAUUGACAAAGCCUGUAACUGAAACCCUGGAACUGGCUCUACAUCUGAAGUUGUCUUGAGAGGAAACUUCGGGCGACUACGGGACAUUUCGGCGACGCGUAUGCCAUCCCACCAGCAAUUUACAUUCUAGCCGGCUGGGAUGGCAUUGUCGCCCGCAACAGCAAAGAUUUGUGACGGGGCGCCUAAUCUCCCCGUGUACCAAUGCCCUUAGGAUCACAGAAACGGCAGGGUUCCCCAGUGUCAAUAGACACACUUGCCAUCAGCGGUGAUUCUGGGGAUGCUGCUGCCGGCUGAGGCAGGAGACCAGAUGCGACCCCCUCUCUCUUGCUUCGUAAUUACAACUUUAGCAUGUGAGCAAGUCCAGAGGGGGCUAAAUCGCUACUGCAAAGAACACCAUUGCCAUUUAAAAAAAUGAAAAUUGGGCUCUUAAAUUUACCAGAGGCGGCUUUUUGCCACCCCUAGUAACUGGACGCUCCCUGCCGCCUGAGGCAAGGUUCUCACCUGCUUCUCAUGAUUCCACAGAAGAGGUAGUGCAAAUGCUAUGGCAGUUAGUGCAAAUGUUCAAAAGUGCAAGGACGUAACUACAUUUAAUGAAUGGCAUCAAUAGCCACAAUAUAUGUGUAAUUUGUAUUUUAGUGUGUUUAUUUUUAGUUUGUUUUUUGUUAUAGGUGUUUUUUUAAAAGUUUUCAACAAUUACUUUGCGUUGCUCUGCUUUUGGGACAGUUGGGGUCAAAACCCUGAAAUCGCUCUCUACUGCCGAAUAUGAGAAAUUUUCAGUCUGUUAACAUGACAACACAAGCACUGUGAUGUGGGGUAUCUGUCAGAUUGUACUUCUGAAUCAACCUAUGACCCACACUUGCACAUUGGCCGUUGGUUUUCAGUUUUGCCCAAUUAGGUUUUGCACAAGAUGAUGAGCACCAUAUAGGGUGUUGUAAGGGGCCAGCAUGUAAAUACAUCAAUGUACAAAAAUCUGUACAAUGUGUAUGUGUGUGUGGUCAGCUGAAACAAAAGUAAUAGCCUGCCUCAGUUUCUCAUCUCAGGGUAUAAUAGUUUUUAAUGUCCAUUUUAAUCACCAGUGAACACAAAAUAUAUUUUAUUGAAUGUGUCUGUGGCUCUCAUGGAAGGCUGUCAUUUAUGCCCAGUUAUAUUGGAGUUGUAUGGAAAACAGGCUGCAAUUGGCUCAGACAGAAUGUUUACUUAACCUGAAACAGCGAAAUCAUGAUGGGUUAAUUUUCUGCACACAAAUCAAUGAUUACAUAAAAUUUAAGUGUUCUCUAACUAGAAAUAACUAAACAGGUGAUGUUUCAGGGAAUGGGAUGGGCUGAAUAGCUUGCAUACAUAACUGUAACAAACCAAACGUGCAGCCUGCCAGGGGUGUAAUAAAUAGGCUUUGUACACAGAAAUAAAUAAAACAAAAGCACACACAGGCGCUCAGAUUGACAGCCUAUUGUUUUCUGCUAUAAUCCCAAAGGUUAACAUUUACGUUCAGGCAUUUAAUAGGAAGAAAGAGACACAUUUGUAAAAGGUGUUUGCUGCAAUACAAAACUUUUGAGAAACUUUAAAGGGGAGAUAUACUUUGUUUAUAAGUGUGCUUUUAUUCACCCUAUUUACCUAUAAAUGUGAGUAUUGUCUACAGAAGAUCAAAAAUCAAGGAUGGCAACUCCCAAGAUAUACCACUCCUCAUGUGAAGGGCAAUGGGCCUCAAGGCCAGCCAGAUGGUAUCAAUGUGGGCUCUCCAGACAAAGCUCUUGAGAUUAUCAGAUACCUUAAAAAAUCAUAACCGAUCUCAAGCUAUGGGGGAAUGUUGGGGGCCACCAGAAGUCUAUCAAAGGUUACAAGGUUCCUGUAUAACUGGGACACUCUAGCCCUAAGGAGACUGCUGAAAAAUCAAGCAGAAGUGACAGCAGCUAGGGGAAAGUGCACCAGAGAGUACAUGGAGCCCACUGAUGAACUGUGCAGAAGCUGGAAGUCCAGUGGAACAAGACCCAUCCAGAGCCACUAUUAUGCUUGGAAAGACCCAGAGACCUUUUUACGGAUAUUCCUGCCUAACGUGAAUGCACUCCUUGAUGGAUUCAGAGGUUCUCUGUGCUGUUAAACUGAAAAGACAUUACUGAGGCAUUUAAAUAGUUUGGCAUUCCCAAUUCCCAUCGGAGUGAGCCCAGCAUUCCCAUAUCGCUGUGGUAUGACCCCUCGUGAUCACCUCCAGAAGAUGUCUAUAAUCGGAGAGCAAGCAAAUGUAGAAGGAAAACACCUGUACCAGCUCACGGGAUGCAUGUCAGCAGCAGAACUGCGUCAAAGACAAGAGAUAAUGAUGAGGAACCAGAUGAUGGCAGGCAAUGCCCAAGUUAUGGUACCUACCCAACAGAGAAUGCCCUUAAUGCAGUCCCAGUUUGAGCCCCGCAUGCUAGAGAGAGAUUUGCUGCCAUCUGGAGACCUAAUCCUUCCCAAUGACACAAGGCAGCUACAUGUGGCGUCUCAGUUUGGCCACUCCCUUCCGGCACAUACAGGCAUACUCUCCAACAGAGUCUUCUCAAGCCCAGGGUACGGUUUUCUGCAAACAGACCCUAUGGAUUUUGUGGCUAGGAGACAAGAACUAUUGCAGAAACACAAUAUGAACAGAAUGGAACUGGAAAUGAACGCCAUGUAUCCAGCCAGAGACAUUGAUAAAUCACAACGGAAAGGCUUUAAUGACUUGGAGGCACCAUUUCUCUUCCAUGGAAUAUCAUCAAAUCCAAUGGCAGUCAGAGGAAGACAGAUGGUACCAGAAGGCCACCUUCCUUCUGAUGUGUUUGUACAUCGAAAUGCCUUUGAGAGUCUACAUGGCCAUGCAAUGUUAAAAACUGCCAGCCCAUACCCUUCGAUGAGUAAUCUGCAAAGAGAACGAGCCCGCAGGCCAGGCAGAAGAGCUGGCAAUCAAAAGGCCACAGACCAUAUGGGUGUUGCCAAAAUACAAGCAGAUAAUAAGCCACCUUCCCCACCUGCUCCUACAGAUGAAGAGAAAGAUGAGAAAAAAGAUGAAGAAACUGGGACAAUGUCCAAAUGCGAUCAGAUAAAGACAGAGGUACAGCCUGCCUUAGAUAAAAGUUCUUCUGAGUUGCAAGAUCCUCAAAAGAUGAGCAACCAGAAUAUUCCAAGAGAGAUAGCCAAUGGCAGGAGUGAGAUGGACAAGGGACCAAACAAUACUGGAACAGCUUUUGAGGAAAGAUAUAUCUACCAGCCUCCUGUCCAUCUCUCAGCAACUCCAUAUAGUUUUCCAGUUGCCAUGAACUCACCGCUGCUACCAGGCACCCAGGGUCUCUUUUUAACUAGAGAAGACUUACCCUCAGUGGAAGAUAUUCGCAAAUGGAACUCUCAGGAUGUGUAUAAUUUUAUUCUUAAUCUUCCAGGUUGUUCUAGUUAUGCACAGGUUUUUAAAGAUCACGAUAUUGAUGGAUUAACCCUGCCACUGCUCACAGAAGAACAUCUCCUGGACACAAUGGGACUUAAACUUGGACCAGCACUUAAAAUUCGCUCUCAGAUCAUCUGCCGGUUGGGAAACAUUUUCCAUAUGCCAAGCCUACAAUUGACUGGAUCUAUUUCAUCCACUGCACCAAUGCCACCUGAGCAUCCAUCUGAAGUUGUGUCACCACUCCCAUGCACUAACAACAGUGACAUUCUGCCAAGUCCUGGCCCCCAGGACCAAGACCCCCUGAAACCUGGUGAAAUAAUAAUGUCAGAGAAUAAAGAGAAUCCAUGUGAUUUAUCAAUGGGACAGACUGAUUUUCAGAUGAACUUAUUAAAAAGUUGACCAACUACUUUUAAAAUGUAAAUAAAGGAUUUGGAACUUUUUUA